AUGAAAUGCUAAAGAAACUAAGGUUGUGCGGCUUGGCGCCAGAACUGAAACUUUGAGAGUUCUCUCGUCUUAAGCUUCAGAAAGCGGGGUUGGCAUAUGCCAAACCGGUCCAACCCCGGCUCGCUGUACACGCACCGAUGACUCAGGAAUCGCCGACAACCAUAAAUAUCUUUCCCUCAACAUCAAUUCAAAGUGUUAAACCACAGCAUCAGAACGAUAACCCCGAUUUCCCACGCCCGAAUUCGACACCAAACCCUUACCUUAUCCAUUCCGAGCGACUAAUUCUUCAAUAUGUGCGGUACCGACGAGAACGGAACGGCUCCCCAGCCAGCUCAGAACCAGAAGUCUGCAUCAUGGCCUUACAGUCAAGUUCAAGACUACAUCAGCCAAGUUAACAGCUACAAAACCUUUUCAAGGCACAUUGAGAGAAGGCGAGCAGUUCGCCAACGCCUUCUUCACGACAGAGAACAAGAUCAAGAUCGCGACGAUGCUCAGCGACUUCGGUGUCGACUACAUCGAGCUUACCAGCCCCGUAUCCUCUCCCCAGUCGUACGAGGACUGCAAGACCAUCUGCAGCCUAGGACUUAAGUCCAAGAUUCUCACCCACGUCAGAUGCAACAUGGAGGACGCCAAGAAGGCAGUCGAGUGUGGUGUCGAUGGUGUCGAUCUCGUCAUCGGAACCUCUAGCUUCCUGCGAGAGUACAGCCACGGAAAGAGCAUGGAGCUCAUCCAGAAGACCGCCAUUGAGGUCAUUGAAUACGUCAAGUCCCAGGGAGUCGAAGUCCGAUUCUCGUCCGAAGAUUCCUUCCGAUCCGAUCUCGUCGACAUCCUCACCCUCUACAAGGCCGUCGACAAGGCCGGUGUUAACAGAGUUGGUGUCGCCGAUACUGUUGGUGGAGCUACCCCAAGAAUGGUCUACGAUCUCGUCCGCACACUCCGAGGUGUGGUGGGCUGUGACAUCGAAACGCAUUUCCACGAUGAUACCGGCUGCGCUGUUGCAAACGCCCUCACUGCUCUUGAGGGUGGUGCCACGCACGUCGACACCAGUGUUCUCGGAAUUGGUGAACGUAAUGGUAUCACCCCUCUCGGUGCUCUCAUGGCUCGCAUGGUCGUGACCUCCCCCGAGUACACCAAGUCCAAGUAUAAGCUGUCCCAGUUGAAGGCGAUCGAGGAAUACGUCUCAAGUGUUGUCCAAGUCAACAUUCCCUUCAACAACCCCGUCACCGGAUUCUGCGCCUUUACUCACAAGGCUGGUAUCCACGCCAAGGCUAUUCUGGCUAACCCCUCGACUUACGAGAUUAUUGACCCUGCGGUAUUCGGACUCACCCGCUACAUCUCCAUCACGUCGAGAAUCACUGGCUGGAACGCCGUCAAGUCGCGUGUCCAGCAGCUUGGACUCGAUCUCACUGAUGACCAAGUCAAGGAAGUCACCGCCAAAAUUAAGCAGAUGGCCGACAUUCGUCCGCUUGCCAUUGAUGAUACUGACAGUAUUAUCCACUCGUAUCACUUGGGCUUACAGGCACAGGCAUCGAGCGCAUAGGUUGCAGGACUCGAGUAAGUUGUUAUUAUUAUUGUAAAGUGGAGGGAGUCUCGGCGGUCGAUGAGAGACCGGCGACAGCAGCAAUGGCGAACUUCAUGAUGUUGGUGUUGUUACGGUUGAAAUUCAAAAAAGGUUGAUGUUGAUGGAAAGAUGCUUUAUAUUAGUAAAAGUUUACAGUUUUCUUAUUUUAAACCUUUGUAGUUGUCACGUUU